GGAGGUAAAAAGAGAGGGAGCCAGCUCAGAACACUUCUAACAGUGUCACCUUCACAUGAAGCCGUUUUCAGUGCACAAAACGUCAGAGUAUAGAUUCCUUGUUGUGACUUUGUAGAUGGUGGAGGCAGUUUGGACUACCCACCUCUUUAACUCUUCAGUCUCUUCCUCUUCCAUUGCUGGAUAGUCAAAGGUGAUCCGAGUUUAAAGAGUGGUGUGGAGAUGCUGCCUACAAACAAGAAGAAGCGAGCUCACAGGACCGGCUCCAACCUCACAAAAGAAGCUCUCCGCCUCGCUGUGCACACAGACAGUUAUUUGCACCUUGCUCCUACCCAGCGAUUGGAACCCAGAGCAACACUCUCCAUUGCCAACAGCAUCAGACGGACCAAUUUCAUACUUGGACCUGUAGCUGGUGCUGCUGCAGUAACAGCUCUCCAUUUGGCUCAGAUUGAAACUCAGGCCCAGUUUGCUCUCCAGCAGCUUGCCUCUCUUGCAACCAUAACUGUUGGCAUCCAGUGUCACAACAACAGGCUUGCAGCAGCAUUACCUCGUCAACUGGCCCUCCUGAGUCUUCUCAAUAGACGAGAGGUGUCAGCUAUUGGGUUUAACUUGGACACUAAAAGCAAAACCUACAAAACCACACAACUGUGUCUUCCUGCUACCAUGUACCACCACCACUCCCAGCCACAGGGGCCACAGCCCUUCUCAAAUGGACCCCGACCUCAUCAUCAGCCACAUCCAAAUCAACAUCAGAGUCAUACUCCCUCUGAUAUGCUGACACAGGUGAUGGGUUUCCAAUUUCCUCGUCCCACCCAGCUCCCUGAAGAGCUAGAGUCUGCCCUGGCUAUCCGGGGUGCCAGGGACAUGGACCACCGCAUGAACACACCAAACCAACACCAGAACCAAGGCUCGGUUUCUGGGAUCAGUCAACAUGGAACCUAUGGCUCAACAACACUCACCUCUGAUAGUCAGCCAGGUCACCAGCAAGACAUAGACUGGUCAAGUUACCAACCUCCAACCAAACUGUUUGCCGGUCCUCCAUGUAGUUCUAACCGGCAGUCACAUCGACAGGGACCUCAACAGCAGCCGGAGAUCAACCACGCUGGAACAAGCAUACCAGGCUGGACUGCUGCUGUAAGUGACUCACCGUCACCCCAAAGCCGACAUCCUCAUGGUGGCAGAAGUGGUGGUGGGGGGGACGGUCAGAGUAUGUACACACCAGAGAGUGCAGGAAGCAUCUUGGCCAGUUUCGGACUUUCAAAUGAGGACUUAGAAGUGCUGAGUCACUAUCCUGAUGAUCAGCUAACCCCAGACACUUUACCAUUCAUACUGCGUGACAUCCAAAUCAACAAGUCAGGCAAGCAGAAAACUGUGGCUUCUAACUCCCCAGCCUCGUUUUCACGCAGUAUCCAUGAUAUGCAACUGCCACCUGCUCACUCUUCAGAAGUAGCUCGUUCACGCUCACCAGAAGUACCUAGCCUGCUUACUGUCACACAGACAGCAGGUAAAGUCAUUGACUAUGGUCAUGCCAGUAGGGCAAAGGACGAGACAAAUACCAGAGAAACUUUCAAAAGGGAGCCACUCUCCAAUGAAAGGACAGUUAAAAUGUACCCAUCAUCCACAUCAGAUCCCAAAGCAGAUAAACCUGAAAGGCGUCAGGUUCAUUUGGAAAACCCUGAAACAAGCAAGCAUGGAGACCGGGACUAUCGCAGGGCAAGUAGUGACCAUCACAAGAGAAAUCGGUCACCUGGGAGAGAACUACCUCCCCCCUCCAAAUCUCGUAAUCUAGAUCGAGACUACAGGCAUGAUCGACCCAAACCAAGGCCUUCAUCUGAAACCAGGAGUGAGGAUUCUUCAAGACGAUCUCUCUCCUCUUCAUCUGGCUCAAAACCACUCAGCAGCAAGAAGUUACCUACCCCCACCAUGAUAAGUGAUUUCUUGGCCGUGUGUCCAAAGGUGUAUCCCCACACCUGCUCUCUGUGCCACACACAGUCUGAUCAGGAAAAGGACUGGGUUGACCAUAUUAACACCGUCAACCACACUGCUGCCUGUAGAGACCUGCGUAACAAGUACCCUGACUGGAAACCAAAUCUACCAAGUCGGAGUGGACGAUAUGGCAGCCAAUCUCCAUCCCAUUCCACGACUGGAUCCCACUCUAGUUCUCCGAGCCCAGGCCCUCUCAACAAACACAGAGUGGGCACUCAUCCCAACCGGCCACAUGGGAAACUUUACUCCCCUCACCAUCACCCCCGCUACAACCAUUAUUCAGAACACGGCAAUCGGUUGGACAGUCCCUGUGGCUCACAUCGAAUCUCCAGAGUGAAUCGCCCUGAGAAGAGGGAAUCAGGGGUUUCCUCUAGAAGUGGUGUGAAGCAUCCACACAAUGAUUCAACCAAGUGCAUCACCAGUCAACAUCCAUCCUCCUCUAAGAUGGGUCACAUCUCCAAACAUGGACCAUCACAAUCCAAAAUUGUCAAGAGUGGGGCCAAGACUGGAACUAAGAUGCCUAAGACUUCAAGUGCAAAGGUCACUGACACAUCCGUCAAACCUCCACAACCCAAAAAGAAGAAGAAAAUGGUGACUCCAGCCUCUCAAUACUCGUCUGUUGCAGAGCGUCUGGUUUAUCUGACAGGCAUCCCAAAGGAUGCCUCAGAGCAGGAAGUUACUGACUUGCUUGGGUCCUUUGGCAAGAUCAACAAUGUGAUCCUUAUGCCAUGCUCUGAUGAAGAGAGUGAUUCGAGUGAAGGACAAAAGGCAUCUGUUUGCAUGGUGAAGGCAGAAGAUGCCCAGGCACUGGCUAACUCCAAAGAUCUCUCCAUCAGAGACCAGCAAAUCACUGCUUCAACAGCCAAGAAACCCGAAGAAGGGCAAUCUUCUGAUAGCAGCAGCAGCAAACCUGGCACAGGACAGGAAAGGGGCACUGCUGGGGAAGACACAGGAAAUGAGGCUGACCAGAAGACUUCAGAUGAGAAAGGUGUGGUGUUGAUCUCAGGACUCCCUGAGAACAGCUGCUCAGAGAGUGACAUCAUCAAGCUGAUUCAGCCCUUUGGGACUCCCUCUGACAUUAUCCUGGCAACACAGAUCAGAAAGGCCCUUGUGUUAGUGCCAGACAUGGAGCUUGCUCAGGAGAUAGUGAAGGUCCACAGCUUCAUGCCUGCAAAGAUCGGAGACUCUGAGCUGAAGAUCAUCCAAGUCAAACAGCGUGUUGGACUCAGCACACCGGUGGGUCUCUACAAUCUAAUGAUGGAGUCUGUGGACCCUUUGGAAAGUCCAGUUCCAGUUUGCUGGAACAGCCUCUUGGUGAUCAGUAAUGUUCCCAACACGCCCUCUUGCUCCUCUGAGGUCCAGAAACUGGUGCGACGCUUUGGUACCGUCAUCAAGACUCUAGUGCUCAACAAUAUGGUCAUUUGUGAAAUGGCAACAGCAGCUAUGGCCUUGUCUGUUUACAAACGCUUCCAGACGUUUCCGUGCAUCAUACAGAACAAUCCUCUGAUCUUCUCACGCAAGCCAGACCCAAAGGCCAGCACACAGACAAAAGUCAUCACUGCAUACUUGGAUUCAGCAGAGGAUGCAUCUGCAAAUGGCAAGAGCAGCCAAUCUGCAGCAGCGGCCGAUGAAGAGCCGAUGGCACAAAAGGAGAAGUCUAAAUGUCUGUUGGAAGUGACGGAAGAAGAUGCUGCCGAAAUGGAUAAGAAAAUGAGUACAGAGGAAACAGUUGGCAAAGAAGAGGCUUUGGAAAGAAGUGAGAGCAAAGACAAAAUCCCAGAAGAAGAGCUAGCCAGUGCUGUUUGUGACUCUUUGGCUGCACCAGACUCCAAACCAGAAGCAGCCUCCAAUUCUGACGCAGGAGAAACAUCAGCUGUGAAAACUGUCUUGGAGGCAAAAGAGGAGAAGAAAGUAGUUGAUGCAUCUGAAGCAGGAAAUGACAAGACUCCAGCUGCUGAAGAGACAAAGCUGUUGAGUGCUGAUGACAAAGUGGCCUCUGGGGAGACAGUCAUGCAGUCAGAACUCCCAAAGGUUACUCAAGAAAUGGUUAACACACUGCUUGUGGAGUGCCGAACAAGAACCAUGAGACAUCCCGGCAAUGUUGCAGCUUCCGCCUCUGGAGUAGACGGGGAAACGCCAAUGGAGACCGGGCAGGGUGAAAAAGCUGGAGAAGACACCAAAGAGCAGGCCAAGAACAGCACAGAUGAGGAGACACAGAUGCAGGAGAGGGAGAAGACAGAGAGGGAAGCAAGAAAGGAGAAAGAGAGGAAAGAGAAGGAGAGGAGAGCAUGGGAGAGGGAGCACAGAGCUAAGAGGGAGAGGGAUGAAAGAGGUAGGAGAGAGAGGGAGAAAAGGGAGGAGGAAAGAAGGGAAUUGGAGAGGAGGGAGAGAAAAAGAGCAUACGGUGAAGGUUUGUCAGGGUCAAGGUCAUCUUGCAGGUCAGAGGGAUAUAAACAUACGUCCCGCAGGAAUGUACCAAACAACAACUCAGAGGCAGAGAAAACGGUGGAUGAAGAGGAGGAGUUCCCGUUCAACCUGAGUGAUUUUGUGACGGUAGAUGAAGUCGGCGAUGUCACCGACCUUCCUCGCUCUCCUUCUCCAGUUAUUCCCAUGGAAACCACAGAGGUCCAACAGGACACUCCAGAGGACACACCCAUGGAAGUCGUCACAGAAACAACUAUGCCGGAUGCCACCUUGACCGCGGUGGAGUCUAAUGAGCAAGUAUCAGAGUGUGAACCUGUGAGUGAGCUAACAGCUGAGUCUACAGACAGUUCUGUUUCAACACCUGCUGAGGUCCUCGCCACAGAAAAAUCCACCAGCUUACCAGCUUCACAAGCGGACUCUCCUCCCAGUCAAUCACCUGCGCCAACAUGUCAGCCAGAAGCACCCGACACUGGUACCUCACACUCAUCAGCAUCCAAACCAGCACUUAUUGCCACUGGGGACUCCGCCCCAGAGGUUGAACAUCUUUCCAUGCCUUCCCCUUCAGACAACCCACCUGAAGCUGCCCCAGUGGACCCCUCCUCAAACAACCUUGCAGCAGGGGCAGAGAGUGAAGAAGAUAAGAACGAGGACAGAGGUGUUAAUCCCAGCAAGGCUGAGGAGGACUCCCUGGACAAAUCAGAAGAACAGGAGAGGAUGCACAGUCAGGAGGACAAAGAGACAGGAACUCCUGCUCCAGACACAGCAAAGCAAGAAAGUUCUGAACUAACACAAGACCAAACACACAAACAGAAGGAGAGUGUGAAGAAGUCCGAGACAAAAACUCCCAUGAGCACCGACUGCUCCCUUCCUCCUUUUGACCCCAGCAACCCAGUUGGUAUGGAGUUCUUGGUUCCAAAGACAGGUUUCUUCUGUAAGGUGUGCAAUCGAUUCUUCAGCGGAACAAAAGAGGCUGAAAUCAGCCACUGUAAAACCGCCAAACACUACGAGAACCUAUUGAAAUACUUGCAGAACAUGAAGACUGCCAAACCUGACCCCAGCUGAACGUGGCGCUGAAACCACUUACUGAAUUUUGCCAUUCCCCUUCUUUUGUAUUGUCUCUUUAUUUCUCACUCAAAGGUCCAGAAUCUCAUAUUGGUGUAGACUAGUCUUAUUUCCUGUCUCUAUUUUAAAACAUAUGUAUUGCUUUUCUUCUGCAAUUAAAAGAAAUGGUUAGAACUGUACAGUGGAAGAUAGUUGCCAGUUUGAACUGUGCACAGUAAAAUGUCUUGACUUAA